CUUCUGUGCUCUUCCUCCGCUGUAAAGGAAGUCUGCUUCUUUUCUUUCCUGUUUGUUACCUCUAGUCAAAUAUCUAGUAUCAUGUACAUAUGGUGGAAGGUUUUUCUAGGAUUUUUACCUUCAGUUGAAGAGCUUCUCAUGUUAAAAAUACUAGUGCCCUGCUCAUUAUUUGCUGUGGUGAUCCAUUUUAUCCACACGAGAAGGAGAAAAGGUUGCAUUGGAUUAGAAGGUCCAAUGCGUUCAAGGGCGGAGUUAGAAGAACUAGAGAAGGAGCUUUACGCAGAGAGGAUUAAAGCUGAGAUCUUAACUCUGAGGAUCUCACAGAGGAGGAUGCUCGAGGAGGAAGCAAGGCAUGACUUGGAGGUUUCUUGUGCAGUGACGACGGAGCAGCUCAGGAGGUCCCGUGAACCUUCGCAGAUACAGGUCACACAAGGGCCGAACGACAAAGUCACUGAAACCAAGAGGAAGCUACCUAGAAAAAUCGCAGGACCCAGUAAUAACCUCAAACUCAAGCCGGACUGGAGCUGCGCACUCUGCCAAGUCAGCAUAACGAGCGAGAAGGCCCUCAACGACCACCUCCAAGGGAAGAAGCAUCAAGCAAAGGUUGCUGUUGAGUUGAGUUCCAUCAAGAAAGCUCCAGAGCUGCCAUUACUCGAGAACAAAAGCCAUAAUCACCGCUCCUCAUCCACACCAACGCCUACACAAGAGAACUGGAGCUGUACAGCCUGCGGAGUCAGGACAACAAGCGUGCACGAUCUCAACAGCCAUCUCAAAGGGAAGAAGCACAAAGCAAAGGUUGCUGAGCUCAAAUCCAACAAGAAAUCUUCAGAGCCAGCAUCACUUCAGAAGGGAAGCCGUGAUCGCAGCCCCACACCGACAUACAAGCCCACGGGACAAGUCAAGCAAGGCCCGAAAGGAGGUAGUAAGGUGAUGUUCCUUGUCGACGGAAAGCUGCAUGAAGUUCUUGAAGAAGGCGUGUUUCUUUGGUGCACUUUGUGCAACGUAAAGUGCAACAGCGAUGAUGUCAUGAUUCAACACUUCGGAGGAAAGAAGCAUUUGGCAGAGGAAUCACGGAGGGGCAGGUAGAGAGAGGACGACGAAGCGAGACUAAGUUGACGAGGAAGCUCAGAGCAAGCUACUAGUCGAUCGAACUUUGUCGAUCUCGACAACUUGCGUGACUCAUGUAUGUUCAUGUGUUGUGAAUGAUGGAGUGCUAUAGGGGGUUUAUAACCUGGUAUCAUUAGAUGUGUUUAUAUUAAUUUGAUGGAUAUGUUUGGUUGGAAUAUUGCAAUCUCAAAGAAGUUGUUUGUAAACAUAAAACACAUGAGAGAUAGGGGAACCUAUUUCCAUGUUAGGAAUAUAUUUAUAAUAACCUUGGAGAAUGCUUCUUAGUUGAUGUUAGA